AUGGACUUUCCAGUCGCCGCCGUCAUCCACCUUUCUCUCUCUCCCCCGUUCCACCCUCUCAGUACAUACCGUAACCUCUACGCCGUCGCAAUGGGCUCUUCCGCAUCCAAGGCGUCGCGCGCCGCUAAUAGCGCCGCUCGAGUCUACCCCAAAGCCGCCUCCAAAGCCGCAACCAACGCCCCCAAGCCCACACCAGCCGGCCGCGCUUCGCAACCAGGACCUACCGUGCGCCCGCAGCCCCAAAUCAGCGAGACAAGAGACGAAGCCAUCAACCACGACGCCGCCGACCCCGCCUUCGCCGCCCAGCUCCGCUCCCUCGGCCCCGUCGCCUCCAACCCCUACACCUCCAACUCGUCCACCUCGCCCUACGAGCCCCACCGCCAACCCCCCGAACCCAGCACCACCGUCUCCUCCUCCCUCCCCCCGACCUCUUCCCGGCGCCACGACGCGACGACAUCAAACAACAAGCUCAGCAAAGACACCACAAGCAACAACCUCCCCGACUUCUCCACCGGCCCCACCCCCUUCGGCCCCCCCACCGGCGGCCCCCUGCCCCCGCGCACCCUCAACCCGGCGCUGACGAUCCUGUCGGCGCGCGAGCGGAUCGCGCUGGAGGCGGAGCGCGAGUUUGCGGAGUUGGGCAGGCGCGGGGCCCCCGGGCGCAGGUUUUUGGAUGUGGUGGAGCUGCGGAAGGUGUUGAUUUUGAGGGAUCAGAGGGGGAGGGCCCCGGCGGAGAUUGAGCGGCAGUUGGGGUUGAGGGAGGGGGUGUUGGAGGGGUUGGGGCCGAGGGGGGUGGUGGAGGCGGUGUGA